UCCAACAUGAAAGUACUGAUUGUUUUCGCUUUGGCUUUGGCCUACGCCUCCGGAUCGGCCAUCCGUUCCCUGGACGGACCCGGCGGUCGCAUCACCCAAGGCGAGGAUGCCCGCACCGACCAGUUCCCCUACCAAGUCGGACUUUCCCUGAAAAUCGGUUCCUCGUCCGCUUGGUGCGGUGGUUCCCUUAUUGGCAAGGAAUGGGUUCUGACUGCCGCUCACUGCACCGAUGGUGUUGACUCCGUCGAGGUCUACCUGGGUAGCACCAUUCGCUCAAGCCCUAAGGUUAAGCACCACGUCAGCAAGGACGAUAUCAUCAUCCACGCCGACUGGAACAGCCGUACUCUGAGGAACGACAUCUCUCUGAUCCGCAUUCCCGCCGUCGAAUACAGCAGCGCCAUCCACAAUGUUGAGCUGCCCAAGCGCGAGACCCGCUACGCUUCCUACGAUGGUGAUGAGGUUAUCGCUUCCGGAUGGGGCCGUACUUCCGACUCCGCCACUGGCGUGGCCGCCCAUCUGCAGUACGCCCACAUGAAGGUUAUCUCAAACAGCGAAUGCAAACGUACCUACUACUCCACUAUCCGCGACACGAACAUCUGUGUAAACACCUCUGCUGGCGUGUCCACCUGCAACGGCGACUCCGGUGGCCCUCUGGUCCUGUCCUCCGACAAGGUCCAGGUCGGUCUUACCUCCUUCGGAUCCUCUGCUGGCUGCGAGAAGGAGUACCCAGCUGUCUUCACCCGUGUCACCAGCUACCUGGAUUGGAUCAAGGAGCACACCGGCAUCUAAGUUGUUGAUGUUCCCUUUGAUUAAACAAUUCUGAUACUUUCGAGCAUAUAAA